CGAGCGAUUAGGGUAACGACUCGCCGUCUUCUAUUUUUGGUCACUUCCAAAAUGUGGAACCCCGUAUACAAUCUAUGCCAUCGAGACUAAACUGCAAGCAGUUGGCCCAGCGGGCCUGUGGUGGCUUUUUGGGCUCGACUGGACAGGCAUUCCCCGCAGAAUGACCCUCCACUCCUCUGCCCAAGUGCUGGUGACGUCGAAAUCACCAGCCUUGUUCGCCUAGCUGGGCGGAACCCUCUAACCUGGCAACAGUGGCCGGAAUUGUCUAUAAAAGACCGUUGCGCUUCUUCCAGUUGAAUCGUAUGACACCGAUUCCCGACCGACAAACUCAAUACAAGCGCCACAAAACUUUCUCUACUUCUCCCCGUCUUGAAUCUCUUCAAAAUGAAGUUCACUCUCGCUACUGUCGUCGCUCUCUUCGGCGCCGCUGCCAUCGCCGCCCCGACUCCUCAGGAUGGCAGCGCCCCUUCUGAGAACAUCGAUAUCUCGGACCUUUCCGUUCGCAGAGAAGUGAACGGCACGGUGACCAACGUCAGCUUCAACCUCACUGGCAACGAUGCCAAGGGUCUUGUUUGCGAGGGCGCUACCGGCGUUCCCUCCAAUGUCCUCCCCUGCGGCGAUGCCAAAUACAGAUUCAGCAUCGAAAAGGGCGCCGAGGCCGACUACGCUCUGCGCAUCUACCACGAGUUCGCCCCUGCCGUUGGUUACUGGGGCCAGAGUGAUGUCUUCACGUAUUGCCAUGCCGGUGGUCUCGGUACCCUUCUCUGCAACCAGGUCGCCCCAACGACUAUCGUCAUCAGCAGCAACCCUCUUCCCGCCAACCCUUAAGUGCUUGGCGACGUUUUCACAUGGUCACGGUGACCUCUGCGACCAGGUCAACCAGGUUGCCCCCAACGACUAUUGUCAUCAACAGCAAACCCUCUACCUUCAACCCCUCGAGCAUCUUCGUUGAAGUAAUGGCUUCUUGUUUAUAAUUAUAAUGUGUACAUGAAAUCAAUGCAAUAUAUACAUGGCACUUGGAACUUUCUGGU